AUAUGGAGGAGGAUAGAUUCUAAAAGCUGGUGUUUGGUUAGCUUGGUUUGAUAUUAUUUAACUUCAGAGGGAGAGGAAGCAUUUAAAGGAUUAUUCACGAAUGCACAGGAGUGGUUAAGAAACAAUUUGUGCUGCGAAGGGUGUUAGGAGCUUUCCCAGGAGAAAGAAGUAGCAUAUUGUAACAUUAAUCUUAUAGUACAACAUCAGCAUGUUCUGUUGCCACCUCCUUAAGUUGAAAUUGAAGAUCACCACCAUAGAAAUUGCUAGUGUCACCAUCUGUUCCCUAUGCACCAAGCCAUCGUAUAUUGUCACUCCUCCUAUCAAGCCAUGGCCCCAGCGCCUUUACCCUAAGCGCUUGGUCUCCAUUCUUACCUGCCAGCAGAACCUUGAUCUUGCUCUCCAGAUCUUCCAUUAUGCUGGUGACUUUCAUCCUGGCUUCUCCCACAACUAUGAAACCUAUCAUGCCAUCAUCCGCCGCCUAUCUCGUGCCCACGCUUUUCCAGCUGUUGAGGGCCUCCUUUCUGACCUUCGUAAAUCCCACCUUAAUUGUGGUGAAGACCUCUUUAUUACUGUCAUUCGUAGUUAUGGACUUGCCAGUCGCCCCAAAUGUUCACUGAAAACCUUCUUACGGAUCCAUGACUUUGGUGUUCAGCGUUCAGUUAGAUCCUUGAACUGUUUGUUGAAUGCUUUGGUUCAAAACAAACGUUAUGAUUUGGUCCGCUGGGUGUUUGAGAAUUGCAGGAAUAAGUUUGGAGUGGUGCCCAAUGUGUUUACUUGUAACAUUUUGGUCAAAGCACUAUGCCACAAGAAUGAUUUGGAGAAUGCGCUUAAGGUGUUGGAUGAAAUGCCCAGCAUGGGUAUGGUCCCUAAUGUGGUCACUUAUACUACCGUUAUAGGUGGUUAUGCUAUGCGAGGUGAUAUGGUUGGUGCGGAGAGGGUUUUUGUUGAGAUUUUGGAUAGGGGGUGGCUGCCUGAUGCUACUACAUAUACCAUUUUGAUGGAUGGGUACACUAAACAAGGGAGGUUGGCUGAUGCUAUUAAGGUGAUGGAUGAGAUGGAAGAGAAUGGAGUUCAUCCAAAUGAAGUUACUUAUGGGGUUAUGAUCAGAGCUUAUUGUAAAGAAAACAAGUCUGGUGAAGCUCUUAAUUUGAUUGGGGAUAUGCUUGAUGGAAAACACAUACCAAGCUCUGCGCUUUGUUGCAAGGUGAUUGACGUGCUGUGUCAACAAGGGAAGGUGGAGGAGGCUUGUGAACUGUGGAAGAAACUUUUGAAGAACAAUUGUACCCCGGACAAUGUUGUCUCUAGUACGCUCAUAUAUUGGCUUUGUAAGGAAGGAAAAAUAUGGGAAGCCAGGAAGUUAUUUGAUCAGUUCGAGAGGGGUUUAAUUCCAAGUAUUUUGACUUACAACACACUUAUUGCUGGAAUGUGUGAGCAGGGAGAAUUGUACGAAGCUGGGAGAUUGUGGGAUGACAUGGUGGAGAAAGGUUGUGCACCUAAUGCCUUUACCUAUAAUAUGUUGAUAAAAGGAUUUUGUAAUAUUGGAAAGGCACAGGAAGGGAUUAGAAUUUUGGAGGAAAUGUUGCUUAAAAAAUGUUCGCCUAACAAGUCGACUUAUACUAUGUUGAUUGAUAAUCUCCAUCAUAGUGGAAAAGAAGAAGUCGCAAAGAUUUUUUCAUUGGCAUUGUCAAGUGGAAACAUUGACAAUGAUUGCUGGGAUCUUUUCUUUGCCAAGAUGGUUGGAAAUUUGGAUACUGGAGUAAAUAUUCUUGACAAGAUUUUGACAGAUUGUUGAUCAAGAGGUUGCUUUAUAUAUUUAAUGCUUUUACCUAUGACAUGGUGAUAAAAGUAUUAUGUAAUACAGACAUAGCACAAGAAGGGAUUUAAGUUUUGAGGUGUGUCAACUCUUUUUUUAUUUCCCUCUUACACAUUGGAUGCAGUAUUUCAGCUCCCUUACAAUAUCAAUUAACGAAGAUCAAUUCUGUAUAUAUUUAUAUAUUUGAAGUUAUAUGGUAAAUCCACGUUAUUA